AUGUCAAACAGCGCUUUUGGACCAGUCUUAAGUUCAGGGAUUGCUCCUAAUUUAGGCAAUGUUCCAUCUUCUAAAGAAGAGCAUGCCUUAGGCUUAAAAGCUAUUUAUACAGCUUGUCGACUGUUGUAUCCCGACCAACCUACUCCAUUACAAGUUACCGCUGUUCGAAAAUUUUGGAUGGGUGGACCAGAUCCUUUGGAUUUUAUCAAUAUGUAUGCAAACCCAGGAUCAGCUGAAUUACAAAGCCCUCCUCACUGGCAUUAUGUGACUAACGGUUUAUCGGAUCUGUAUGGCGACUCUAGGUUGCAUGGCCAUUGUCAUUCAAGUGAUGGUCCAAGUGGUUUCGGUUUCGAGUUAACGUUUCGAGUGAGACGCGAACCAAGUGAAAGAAACCCACCAACAUGGCCAGCGCAUUUAUUACAAAGCUUGGCACGUUAUGUAUUCUAUUCACAAGCUCAGCUAAUGGCGGGUGACCAUAUUCCGUGGCCUACAUCUCUAGAUAAGCAGCCUAAUUUUUCAUCCCAACAGUCGGAAAAACGACAAAGACAUCAAAAUUAUCAUCAUCAUCAACAACAACAGACGGAUAAAGAAACAAAUAUGAUAGAGUUAGACAAUGCAAGAAAAUCCAUUGCUAUGGCGGCUGCGGCAACUGCAGCUUCCAUAUUAGCUGCAAACAGUGCUAAGACAGGUAUGGGAUCUUCGUCAGCUGCGUUAUCCGCACUAACCAAUCCUUCGACUUAUGCUUCCAUGGUUGCCGCUGCUCUUGCCGCUGUCAAUAAUAAGAACUCGUUAACAACGGACAACUUGAAUGAUCCAGCGGAGCAAAGUGAAGCUAAAAGUAAACAAACAACUAGUUCAACAAAUUCAUCACGUAUUCACCAUAUGCUGUUGAUAGAAGAUCCUCAACUAAAGAAAAUAACUACACCAUAUGGAUAUGUUCAAUUUUUACAGUUGGUUGGUCUUUGCGAUGAAGAAUUGCGUUUAGUUCAACGUUGGACUGGUUCUCAUGUUGCUGAACUAAUGAGUAGUUCAGUAGAAACUGGUGGUUGUCUUCUUGUCACAGAUAUGAAAAGGAAUUUAAAUAUUUUUGAAAUACAGCCAAAUUUAGUGGAUUAUAUUAAUGACAAAUUAAAACGCGAAGGUUCAAAUUUAUCUGGUGUUACAACAUCUUAUUUUGCAUGGGCACCAAUAACUAUGGUUACUUUAGGUGAGCUACUACCAGGUGAGAUGGAGUCUCGUCGAUUACGUCGUCAAACACAGAGACGUGAUUCAUCUUCAACUAGUCUGUAUUCAUCGAAAUCAGAAGUUCAGUCUGGAUCCAAGAUUUUAUUGUUUCAUAACCCCGCAACUGAUCAUACUACUCACAAAUCAGAUACUGAUAUUGCAUCUAAAACUGUGGCUAUGGACACUGAUGAUACAUUAGUAUCGUUUGCAGCAAAAAAACGAAUGGAAGAUGAUGAAUUUGUAGAUGUUGUUGGCGUUGGUGGCAAUGGUGUUAGCGAUGAAACAUUACAGAAAUUGACAGCCGCAAAUUAUAUCAACGUAUCUACUAGUGCUUUACCUUCAAUGUCUCCUGAAUCUAAUUCCCUAAAAAUUUCUCGAUUUGAAUCAAAAUCUCGUGUUUCUUUAAGUAAUAGGUUGAGCUCCGGACACUUAACUUCAGACUGUUUUCCACAUUCAUUAGGAAAUCGAACUGUAACCGAUGGGCAAACUAUCAGCGCACCUGGUGGAUUCUCUGCUUGGUGCAGUCGAGUUGGUCCUGUUAAUCAUUUCAAUCAAUCAUCUAUAGACAUAAACAAAGUUGGCGCAAACAUUCCAUCUGAAGGAGGUGGAAUAUUCAAAAACAACUUGGUCAGUUCAUCUACAGAACUGACCAGUUUAGUUGGCGGUGCGCUUGGUUUCCGAACAUUCAACUCAGAACUACCAAUAUCCAAUAAGAUUACAGAUAAAUUCGUAGAUACUGCUUUUGAGCCCAAAGGCGGCAAUGUUACACCUGGUGGUGGUAGUACUACUACUGGUGACGGUUCUGCACCAUGUACACCUUUAGCACACUUAUCACUUUCUCCGGCAAGUUUGGAAAUGAUGCCAACACGAAUUAUAGAUUAUUUAGAUGUGCAUUUGUGUCGCGAAGCUGGUGAAAUGCUUCCGUUGGCGGUGAAUGACCGACUACGUCAUGGAAGACAUUUUACUUUUUUAAAUGCAAAUUAUCCAGAUCAUGCUAUUACAUUAGUACCAUCUGGUGUUUCUGGAGCCUUUGUUAGCGAAGAAACACCAUAUGUUGCUCGUGGACCAUGGCUACAGAUUUUAUUAACAGACGAUUUUCUAGAACAGUUGGAAUUUCAAUUUUCAUGUUUAUUAUAUCCUAAUGAACUGUAUUUACCGUUAGUUUUUCGUUGGCCAGAAAGACAUUUACGUAUAUGCUUGGUUGAUGUCAGUUCAUCGUCAUCAUCAUCAUCAUCAUCACCACCACCACCACCAUCAGCAGCAGCAGCAUCAUCAAGCAGAGGUUUAACACAAAAACCUAUUCCUCCUUCACAGACAUCAUAUAUACCUUCCACUUUACCAAACUCUGUAUCUUUGAUGAAGAAUAAUGAUACCAAUCAUAUUAGUAAUAGAAAUUUAAACAAUAACAAUAGUGUGCAUACAUUGAAUACUCCUACCACAUCUGGUAUUCAUUGUAAUUGGAAUACACCAGUGAUAGAUAAUAGAUUGAUAUUUGGUAAUAACAGUUGUAGUGUUGGAAGUACUAUACAGUCUUCAGUCAUAUCGAGUUCAUUCGUAAAAUCGGAUUUAAUCCCUUCAUUCCUGUCAUUAUUUCCACCGGGAUGUAUACCACCACCAAACGUCUUAUCAACAUUAUUCAGUACAAUGGCUACAAAUAAUCUUAGUUGCAUUAGUGACAAUAAUAAUCAGUCCCAAACAGAAGUAUUCAGAAAGUCUUUUUUUCCAAUAAAUCAAAUUGAAUCUCCACCAACAGCGACAUUUCAAGCAUCAUCAUCAUCAUCGCCUACAUCAAUUAUUCAACCAUCCUCAUCAACGUUGCCGAAUUCAUCUGAUAUACAUCAUCAACUAGCUCAACAACAGCAACAAACACAACAACCAGGUACAUCAUGUCCUUCUACUGACCUAAAAGUUGAUAACCUAAUCGAUCCUAGUGUAUUUGUUAAUAACUGGUCAGUAAUUUUACAGACACUAAUGACUAAUAAUAAUAAUAAUAAUAUUAAUAUAGACUUAUUGAAACAAAUAAUAUCUGGUAGUCUGAAUAGUAGUGGCGCUACUAUUAAUAAUUGUUUGCACUAA